CCCAAAUAUGACAAAACGUUCAAACAUUUAAAAUUCUAAUUAAACAAAAAUGUUUAAUUUUACAAUGUAGUGAUGUUGGUUGGUAGCCUCUCUGAGGUGUAAUUACACAGAAUUUAUGAUAAAUUAAUGUAUUUUAUAAAAUGUCAUAAAAAACUGCCCCCUCGACCCCAGUUUGAGAACCACUGGGCUACACAAUGGAAUGGCUGAAUGAGCCUCGAGACUCCAGAUGUGAAAUGGGCGGAAACUUUUUCAAAACUCCACAACAGACUCUCGAGCGGACUCUGCUACGGUGAUUUUUUUUUAGGAAAACUGCACGUAAACAUUUUCAGGAUUUCUUGCCAUUAUAUAAUCGAGAUUUUAACGGAUAUAUUUACGAUCAGUAUAAACUAGAAGAAAAUGUUAAGCGAAAUCGAGACAGCUUGGUCUUCGGACGCUUCUGCUGCGGCGGCAGAGGGGAACCCCGGCCCGAGCGACAUACUGGAAAUUACUUUCCAGAAGAACCCCACUCAAAAUAAUAAAUUCCUAGAAGCAGAGCCCAAGAUUUUAGGGGUUACACAGAUAAUGCUGACCGUCCUCUUCAUUACUUCCAAAAUGGUUUAUUUUUCAGACUGGAUAGAAACAAAUAUCGAUAUAGGUUGCUCCUGUGUUGGCAUAAUAGCUGGUAGUCUGGCAAUAGCUGCACAGAAUCUCCACCUACCAACACUCAAAGCUUGUUUGGGAAUGCAGAUAGUCACGUGCCUGACAUAUGGGUUCAUUCUCAACAUCUCAUUUGGGUUUCGUUCAAACCCUGCAACAACAGCCUGCUGGUACAGCCAGGUGUUUGAUGAACUAUCAAUUGGAUUUAGUCAAAUGGAGUUAAUCGAUAAUCUCACGGAAGCGGUUCAGAUUGCCCUCUCUAUUACUCUAGCGGUAUAUUGCUGCAAGGUUAUUCAGUGCUGCUCGCCCAGGUCUCAUGAGCCUGUCAUCGUUAUAAAGCCCAGAGCUUCAGAUUGAAAGGAAGUAUAUAUCUACAAAGAGUGUUUAUGUGAACGACAUUAUGAUUUUCUGUCCCUAACAAUAGUAAUGAACUGAUCAUUGUCAGGACUCCAUCACUGGCACCAUCAUCUUCAUCAUUGACUCCUCCCACUUGUUCACGCUCACCUGAGUAUUGAUCCUCCUCACCUGCGCACCAUCAUCUCACUCCCUUUAUAACCUGCUAUAUUUAUAACCUAUUAUAAAGCUAAGUGCAUAUCAGAAGAACUGUUAACGUUUACUCACCAUUUCUCUUUCACUCGCUGUGUACAUUCAAUAAACUAUAUUUAUCUUACCUCCUGUCUGCUUCCCAUUCCACUGUGUAACAAUCAUAUUGUUAUUAUAGCUAUAGACAAAUACUAAUAACAUAUUUAAAACAUUUUAAGACACUAAUCCAAAAUAGCAUGUUAAAGUUUGUCUUGAUGUGCAGAGCAUUUUUGAAAUGUCAACAGAAAUGCGCACUAUGAUUUAAUAUCUAAAGCUCCAGCCAGAUGAAUCUAAACAACUUGUGUAGGGGAGAUAACUGCCCACCCAACUACAUAUUAAAGCAAUAGUGAAAUUCA